UCAGCACUUCCAAGAAUAUUAAAAUGAUCAAAAUUUGGGUGUAUCGCAAUUUUCGACUCUCCAUGAGAAAAGUCGCUCGUGAAACCAUAAUAAGUGAGAGAACCGUCAGACGAAUAGCUAAAAAUAAACUAGAGUUAAUACCCUACAAAAUCCAAAAAGCACAACUGCUAACAGAAAAAACAAAAAAAGUUAGGCUUGCAGGAUGCAAACUGCUCCUUCAGUGGCACGCAUGUCCGGACAUUCCCUUCUCAGACGAAAAAAUUUUUACAAUAAAAAUCGUACACAACCAUCAAAAUUAUAGAAUCUGGACUACAGAAUCUCCUCUUUCCGAUGGGCUUAUCACUCAUUUCCAACAUCCCCAAUCUGUCAUGGUUUAG